GUAAAUUACAGGAUAACAAUUGAGUUGUUUUUUUCCUGGGCUAUCAAAGCUGUUUUUCUUGAAGUAAACACAUUUACAGUUUCACUUAUUUAUUUGGUUAUUGUUCUUUCGAGUCGUGUUUUAGAUUAAAUUAAAAAAGGAUUCAUGAUGGCUCUAAAGAUGCUCGUUGGUCAAAGUAAAAAUCAUGAACGAAGCAAUCAGACCUUGCAAGAAAAAAGGUGAAUGGAAGGUUCUAAUUGUUGAUCAAUUGGGGAUGAGGAUGAUCUCAGCUUGUUGUAAAAUGCAUGAGAUUGCCGCUGAAGGUAUAACGAUUGUGGAAGAUUUAGUCAAAAAAAGAGAACCUUUGCAUCAUAUGGAAGCUAUUUACCUGAUUACUCCUACCGACAAGUCAAUUCGACUUUUGAUGCAAGAUUUUUUAAGUGCAAGAUCAGCAAUCUACAAAGCAGCACACGUAUAUUUCACGGAAUCUUGUCCCGAUGAAUUAUUCAACGAGUUGUGCAAAUCGCCCGCUGCCAAAUACAUAAAAACGUUAAAAGAGAUAAACAUUGCCUUUUUACCCUAUGAAUCACAAGUAUUCUCUCUCGAUUGUCCAGAGGCAUUCCAAUAUUUCUACAACCCAGCAAAACAAUCAGGUCGUUCAGCUAAUUUGGAAAGAAUUGCUGAACAAAUAGCUACAAUUUGUGCUACCUUGGGUGAAUACCCAAGUGUUCGUUUCAGGUCAGAUUUUGAUCGCAAUGCUGAAUUGGCUCAGCUUUUGCAACAAAAAUUAGACGCCUACAAAGCAGAUGAUCCUUCAAUGGGCGAGGCUCCAGAAAAACACAGAUCUCAGCUGAUCAUUCUCGAUCGUGGCUUCGAUUGUGUUUCUCCUUUGCUUCAUGAGCUAACUUUUCAAGCUAUGGCUUAUGACCUUUUACCAAUUGAGAAUGAUGUUUACAAAUUUGAGCAAACAGCUGGUAAUGAUGUUCGUGAAAAAGACGUUUUGUUGGACGAAAAUGAUGAUCUUUGGGCUGAAUUAAGACAUCAGCAUAUUGCCGUAGUAUCUCAAAAUGUGACCAAAAAUUUGAAAAAGUUCAUUGAAAGCAAACGAAUGAGCACAUCGGAUAAAGCAAGCCUAAAAGAUUUAUCUCAAAUGAUCAAAAAGAUGCCUCAAUAUCAAAAAGAAUUGAGCAAAUACUCGACCCAUUUACAUUUGGCUGAAGAUUGCAUGAAAGCAUAUCAAGGCUAUGUUGACAAAUUAUGCAAAGUUGAACAAGAUCUUGCUAUGGGUACCGAUGCUGAGGGAGAAAAAAUCAAGGACCCAAUGAGGAAUAUUGUACCCAUUCUCCUUGAUGUUGGAGUUGGAAUUUUCGAUAAAAUUCGCAUAAUCCUUCUGUAUAUUCUUUCCAAGAAUGGAAUUUCUGAAGAAAAUUUAACAAAAUUGAUUCAACACGCGCAGAUUCCGCCUGCAGAUAAGUGCAUCAUUACCAAUCUGGCACAUUUUGGCCUAUCCAUAAUUUCAGAUGGCGGUCGUAAAAAAAUGUACCAAAUUCAGCGCAAAGAACGCAUCAAUGAGCAAACUUAUCAAAUGUCUCGUUGGACACCAGUAUUGAAAGAUCUCUGCGAAGAUGCAAUCGAAGAAAAACUUGAUCAAAAACACUUUCCUUUCUUGAGCGCUCGAGUCGCAACUGGGUUUGGUCGACCCACUCCUACUAGUGUUCGUUACGGAAACUGGCAUAAAGACAAAAAUGCCCUGAAUGUCAAAAAUGUACCCCGACUGAUUGUCUUUAUUAUUGGUGGAUUAACCUAUUCUGAGAUGAGAGUUGCUUACGAAUUAACAAGGGAUAUAAAAACGUGGGAAGUUAUUGUUGGUUCUGAUCACAUUCUGACUCCUGAAGGUUUCCUCUCAGAUUUACGAGAUCUUUCCAGUUGAUCAUCUCCUUGUGGACGUGAUGAAUGAGCAUAAGUGCAAUCGAAAGUUUUCAGCUUGUUUUUAUUUAAUUUGCUGGAUUUUAAUUUAAACAUCAAUGAAGUGAAAACUCGGAGCAACAUUUUCUCAAUGCUUACUAUUACAUUAAUAUAAGUGUUAUACUUUGCUCGACGAGAUCUUAUUGUUAUCUUGAAACAAGCGACAACCAACUUAAGUUUCUCAAUCUCUCUGUUGCCCCGCUGUUAAUAAUCUCAUUCCAUGGCUAACAUUAGAAAAUCUCUUGUUUCAAAAUUUCGAGUGUGCUUUAUUGCUUUUGAGUGAUCAAAAAUUUCUUCCCGCAUAGCAAAUGAAAAAUAUCUAACUAACGAAAAUCAAUUAUCAUUCCAAUAAUUUUCUUGCUUGGUGACAUUCUUCCAGAAUUUUUUCAAUUGUGUACCUUUAAUCAAACCAUUCCUCUCCCAGCUUCUCCACAACAGUUAACUUCACUCACUGUUUUUGUAAUUGUUCAACUUAACAUUGUAUUUUUGGUUCUUUCUUUUCUUCAUUUGCUUGCGUUUUAAAUUAACAUUUGUCACCUUUGGUUAAGAAAUUUAAUAUUACGUUAGUCCAGUUGCCAGAAGGAAUUGGAGUUGUUUUGCACUGAAAAUAAUCAGCUAUCACCAAAGCCCAAAGCGAUAUCACAAACCACAAACAUCUCCAUUAACAUCUUGUUCAUCUUCGUCAUUCUUUCAUCAUCACAAUCAUCUCUUUGAGAGAUUCAAAUAACUUAAAGCUAGUCAACAUUGGAUCACAUAGACAAACAGUAAAACUUACAGCUCUGAAAGUUUGGUUUGUUAAUUGCUUACUGUUCACUUCUGGAUUGCUAAUUAUAAUUGUAAAUUAACUCCCAUAUCAUUUUGAAUCAACAGUGAGUAGGAUUUUUAAGUUAAUCUAAUCACACUCUAAAAUUUCAUUUUGUUUAAAAAUUUGAUUGUUAUAGAAAUUUUACCCAUUUUAAAAUGAUCAGCAAUGAUUGAUAAUUUUCUUCAAUUUUAAGAUAACUUCGUACUUUAUUCUGUUUUGGUUGUCUGUGAACUUUAAGAUGAUUUACAACUCAAACCGAAGACUGUACAUAAAUUUAAUCACUAUUAAAAGUUAAAUUAUGAAUAUUAUAAA